CCCUCAGCAUGGGGCGCUGCUGGGGUCAGCCUCUUGGCCGGGCCCGGCGCGCCCCCGGAUUCCGCCUGUGGCGCCGCCCGCGGGGCCUGUAGGGGAGGCCGCGCCGCGCCUGGCCGGGGGCAGCAGCGGCAUGAGGAGCCGCUGCGGCUGCCAGCAGUGAAUGGGCGUCGCGGCGGAGCGGGAGGAGCUGGAGCCGCCGCCGUUGCUGCUGCCGCCGCCGCCGCAAUGGCUCAGGAGAAAAUGGAGCUGGACCUGGAGCUGCCGCCGGGGAGCGCCGCGGCCCCGAGCGACGGGGGCGGCCUGAGGAGAUCCAACAGCGCCCCCCUCAUCCAUGGGCUCAGCGAUAACUCGCAGGUGUUCCAGGCUAACGUUCUGCGAACCCGCAGGAACAGCACCACCGUUAUGCAUCGCCACAGUCUGUUUGUGCCAUCGUCUCCCAUCCGUGUUCCCAGCAGCCGGCUUCAUCAGAUCAAGCAGGAGGAAGGGAUGAAUUUGCUGAACAGAGAAACAGUGCAUGAAAGAGAAGUGCAAGUAGCAAUGCAGAUGAGCCACUCAUGGGAGGAGAGCUUGAGCCUGAGCGGCAAUGAUUUCGAGAAGGCCUCGUCGCCGAAGCAAGUUGACUUUGUCCCAGUUUCUCCAGCUCCUUCUCCUACCAGAGCAAUAGGGAAGCAAUGCUUCUCACCAUCUUUGCAGAGCUUGGUGAGCAGCAGUGGAUUGCCUCCAAGCACCAGCCCCAGCCCAACAAGGCGCUUUGCAAGCAGGAGAAGCCAAAGUCCAAUCAACUGCAUUCGGCCAAGCGUCCUUGGGUCAAUCAAAAGGAAAGGUGUAACAGAGAUGGAAGAUCAUCCCAAAAGGUUAUUUCAAGGAUCCACCAGCAUGCUUAGCCCUGAGGUUUCCCAUCAGGCAGACCUUGGAGGAUGUCUGUCCUCACACGUUCUGGAUGAUAACAGAAGCAGUGCAGGCUCCUCCUGUGACUCCCCAGCUGAAGUUGGCACCAGCACAGACUCUCCAGGCUCCCUCUCUGACUCCAGAUCUCCUUUUUCACCUGUAGACCUUACGGCUAAGUUCCCUCUUGACUGAACCGCAGAGGCCACCCGGACCCAGGCUGCCUGGCACCGAGGCUUUCCCUUGUGUGUAGCUGAUUCUGUUCCUCAUAGGAACUUCCAGAAGUGGUCCUGAUUUCUAGAGAACCUCCUUCCAGCCUAUUUCCUUGAGGAGGAAUUUCCAGUGGUGCUUAUGUAGGAGCAGGCAGCUUUGCCUGUGUCCUCAGCCUGAGCCCCAGGAAGCAGCUUACUGGAUAGGUUUUUACUCCCUGACCUGAAGAGAAUUCUAUUUUUGGGGUGUUUUUUUUUUUGCUCUUCAUAUGAAAGAGGAA